AUGACUGAUACGGUACAUAAGUCUAUUGACAAGAAAAGACUUGAUUCGAUCACGCAUCCAACGAUUUCCACUCAUUCUUACGUGGAAGUCUCCCGUUCAUAUUGGAGCACCCCCGCCUUUCAGAUCCUCUUCACAAACGUCAUCCUAACCAGCUCAAUCGACUACAUGUCUGUACUACAGCAUGGAAGCGUGUCUGUACCAGCCGUCCCCCUCACAAUCAUCAAAGGCGCAGGCCACGAAUACAUUCCUAUUCCAGAAGGCGAGAGCGCAAUCGUCGCAGACUUCCACUCCAUCCGCACCAAAACCACCGAAACCCCAACCUACAUAACCUCGGGCUUCUACCGCAUCCAAGCCGGCCCGACGCGCAACAUCCCGCAGUACACGUACGAAGAGUCCAAAUACGUGCUCAGUGGGCAGAUUGAUGUGUUGGACGAGGCAAGCGGGGUGACGCACCACCUUGUUGCUGGCGACUUUGCGUUUUUCCAUGUUGGCUCCAAGGCGCAGUUUUCGAGCAAGGCGGGCGGGAUGGCGUUUUUUGUGGUGACGAGGCCGGUGAUUACGGAGCAUCCGGGGUUGAGGGGGAGGGAGGAGGUGGUUGGGGUGAAGGCGAGGUUGUAG